CUAAACUCGGAGUCGGAGCAAAACUAGAAUACAAGUUGUUGUGAACCCGACCCAAGAGUAGUGAGCAAUCCAAUCCACCUGAAGGCUUUCGGCCCCGGAAACGAAAACGGAAAACCGUACCGCAGUUUUUAGUUGGAAGGCUUUGGUUGCAAAAGCGUUGUUGCAGAGACAAGCUAGGGUUUUCCGCGAGAGUCCAAAGCAUGACUCGCUUGAGCUCCGAGCAGGUCUUGAAGGACAACACCACCAGCGACCCCAACUCCGUUUCAUCUCUCAAGCUCACUUACAAGGCUCUCUCCGAUGUGUCAUGCUUGAGUGGCUUCAAGAACUUGGAGAGGCUCGACCUCACCUUCAACAAUCUCACUUCUCUCGAGGGGUUGAAAGAAUGCGUCAAUUUGAAGUGGUUGGCAGUUGUACAAAACAAACUGGAAAGCUUAAGAGGAAUUGAAGGACUUUCUAAACUCACCGUGUUAAAUGCAGGCAAAAAUAAGCUGAGAUCAAUGGAUGAGGUCAGAUCUCUUCUGAGUUUACGUGCAUUGAUAUUGAAUGAUAAUGAGAUUAUCUCCAUUUGCAAACUUGAUCAGAUGACGGACUUGAAUACUCUUGUUCUUUCUAGAAAUCCGAUCAGUCAAAUUGGUGAGUCUCUGGUAAAGGUGAAAUCUCUCACAAAGCUUUCUCUCGCCAAUUGCCAACUUCAGACUAUUGGCUCUUCGCUCAAGUCCUGCGUUGAAUUGAAAGAGCUCCGACUUGCUCACAAUGGCAUCAUGACUCUCCCAGAUGAGUUGGCUCGAAAUAAAAAACUCCAGAAUUUGGACUUGGGAAAUAAUGUCAUCUUAAGGUGGUCAGAUCUGAAGGUGCUGACUUCAUUAGUUAAUCUGAAAAAUCUCAAUCUACAAGGAAACCCUGCUGCUGAAAAGGAUGCAUUAGCAAAAAAGAUCAAAAAUGUUCUGCCGAACUUGCUGAUAUUCAAUGCUAAACCAACCGAUAAAUACACCAAGAAGAACAGUGAGAGAGUUGAUGAUUCUAAAACAAAUGAUACUAACAGGCUAGAAGUUCUAAAGGAAGAGAAAAGAGAUGUCAUCAGGAAAAAGAAUUCCAAACGUCAUGUGAUGGAUAGCGAAGAUGAUCAUCUCGAUAAAGAUGUUGACGUAGAGAAGGAAUCAAGGCAGAAAAAGCAGAAGAAGAAGAAUGAAAAGCUGUCAAAGAAAGAAGUUCCAGUCCAUGAGGGGGUUGAUGGCAAGGUUGUAAAGAAUCUAAAGAAGAUAUCAAAGAUGGAGCAAGGUGAGCUUAAUAUUAUUGAUGAUCCAGAAGCCUCUUUUGCAGAUCUUUUUGCUGCUGACACGGCUGAAAAUCCUAAAUAUGACGAUGAAAAGAAGAUAGUUGACAAGACUAUUCAAGACACGAAUUUGGUGGGUGGCUUAGUUACAUUCUCUGUAAAGAAAAAGAAAGCUAAAAGCCCUACAAUGGAUUUAUCCCCCACAGUUGAAGUCGGAAUGGGUGGACCAUCAACAUGGGGUGACGAGUAAUUGUUCUGUGAAGGAGCCAUGCAAAUGCUUUUGAUCGCUCAUGAUCCCAAACAAUCUUAAGACCCACUUGCCAGGGCUUCCUUCUGUUUUGACAAUCUUGCCAGCAAUUUCACACCGUUCCAAGGAUUUCUUUUCUUGUUUUGGUUGGAAAGUGAAAGAGCUGAAACAGUUCGUGUCACUUUUUUUUUGUUUAUUUUUUACCAUUACGAUGCUAACACUAGUUUGUCAAAAAACAGAUGCCCCAAAGGAUUAAUGAUCUACCGCUACGCUACCUAUAACUUA